UCUCACCUCACCCUCAGGAACAAGCUGCUUACUUUUCCAGGGGUCCUGCAGCCACAGAGAACCGACGGGCCCCGCUGACGUGACAGGCAGGUUGGCAGGGCUUGCAGGGAACCGGCUCUUGUUCCUCAUCCCUGUCGACCACUUGCCACGGUCCUGCCCUCCUCGCCUGCUCGCACGUCACGAGUAGUAGGCAGAUUACGGAGUACAGGAGCUGUUUACCUACCAGGCAACCAGGCCACCAGGUAGCCGCUGCCGUCUUGACGAUCACUUCAUCCCUCUUGAACCUGCGGGGGACCGACUGCUCGCUGCACUGCACUACACUGCACUGCACUGAACCGGCUCGAACUAGGCCGACCCGACCCGACGACCACACGCAUCCAUCUAUCUAUCUUAUCGAUACCGCACCGGCCCUGCGGCCCUCGCCAUCUUUCCAACCUCGCUCCCGCGCGCGACAGCUGCUGCAGCCCGGCUUCACGCCACCCGUCCCAACCCGGUCAAUGCCUCUGCGACCCGUGUCUCUGAAGCGCAGCAUCACGUACCGAGGCCGGCUGGACACGUGAGGAGGAGGAUCCGAUCCGUGGUCCAUGAAUCGAACACAUCAUGGCUCCGGCUCCGGCUCAGGCUCAGAGCUCCACGGCGCCCCGCCCAACUCGAACCUGCACAAGCCAGCCCCGGCCCUGCCCAACGGCCACGAGGCCAAGGCCGAGGUCAUCGACGCCGGCCUGAGGAGCCUGGACCACUACAGACAGACACUCCCGUCAUGGCGCUACAGCCUCCGCCAGGCCAUGCUGCCCCUGAUCCGCUGGGAGACGCCCUACCUCGCAUACUUCCAGGAUGCCGUGCGCACGCCUGCCCUCGAUAGCUAUUUUGCCAUCACGGCCAACCUCGGCACCCACACCUUCUUCAUGAUCGGCCUGCCCAUCCUGUUCUGGUGUGGGUUUCCUGCCUUUGGCAAGGGGCUCGUACACAUCCUGGCCGAGGGCGUCUUCUUCACAGGCUUCAUCAAGGACAUGUUCUCGCUGCCCCGCCCGCUCUCGCCCCCGCUGAACCGCAUCACCAUGUCAGGCUCCGCCGCCCUGGAAUACGGCUUCCCCUCCACCCACUCUGCCAACGCCGUCUCCGUUGCUGUGUAUGCUGUCUUGUGCUUGCGGUCUGGUGAGAGCAGUCUCGCCCCCACCACGGCGCUCAUGCUUGAGCUGUUGGGCUAUUUCUACGCCGCAUCCAUCAUCAUCGGUCGCCUGUACUGUGGCAUGCAUGGUUUUCUCGACGUCAUUAUCGGCUCCGCUAUGGGGGCUGCCAUUUCGCUCGUCGAGUUCUAUUACGGCCCGCCCUUCGAUGCCUACCUCCAGGCUAGUGGCUGGACUGCGCCUCUGCUCGUGGCCCUGACCAUCAUUGUGUUGGUACGGGUUCAUCCUGAGCCUGCGGAUGACUGCCCCUGUUUCGACGACUCCGUCGCCUUCGCCGGCGUCAUGAUAGGGCUCGAGGCCGGCCUGUGGCACCUUGGCGCCGCGAACCUGGACGGACCUUUCCCGGGUCUUAGCUGGCCCGUCACCAUCGGGCGCAUCAUCUUCGGCGUGCUGACCAUCAUAGUCUGGCGCGAGUCCAUGAAACCCUUCUUGCUCAAGUCGCUCCCGUAUGUGUUCCGAGUCGUCGAGCGCCUGGGCGUGUCGCUCCCGAGGCGCUUCUUCGUGCCGGCGUCCGAGUAUAAGAAUAUCCCCAACCUCCUGCGUUUGCGCACGGACAACGUCCUGCCCACAAUGAGGGACUUUCCCGGGUUCGUCAAGACGCUGAGGGCGCCGACAAGGGGCCGCAGUGUCUCCAUUGGGCCGCAGAGCGCGGCCGAUGCGUACGAGGCGCUGGCGUACAGGGAGCGCAGACGGCGUGAGAGCAUCGGGUCCAACGGCAGCAUGAAGAGCCACGGUGACCUGCGCGAGAGGUUCCAAGCAGACGGGGUGGCGCUCUCAGCUGUAGCCAGUGAGGAUAAGGACCAUCACGGCGCGGGGAGGUCGACCGCCCUGGCCGAUUACGAGCAACAGAUGGGACAGGCGGCUGCGCGGGUCAUGCGGAGGUCGCCCAGCCCAAGCACGCCCAUGGUGAGGGAGGAGCCGGAGGACGAGGAGGGUCCCAUGAUAUUUGUCCAGCAGGAUCAGGAGGACGAGCUGGGCGAGAAGGAGAUGUUCUCACGGCUGGUCAAGCCCAGAGUUAAAUACGACGUGGAGGUCGUCACCAAGCUGGUGGUCUACACAGGCAUCGCUUGGCUCGCUGUGGAAGGUAUACCAUCCCUGCACGAGCUGCUAGGGAUUGGGAUCAGGCACCUGCAGGUGAAAUAGACGCAUGUUACCCAUGAGCAACGCAAAGCCCCGCGCGUGGGCACAAGGUCGUAUAGUGCUGGAGGAGUUACGAGCUGGGGGAUCAAUGUCCGCCUGGUCAGGGCUAUGUGUAAUCACUAAUGUACGAUGCAUGAAGGCACGCUUGUCUAUACAAGACCUCUUUUUCUUUCUUUUUGGAAUACGCUGUUGCCAGGCUGGACUUGGUCCAUCACUGAGCGCGUCCUAAGUCAGAAGUGUUGAGAUAUUUGUGGCGAUUGGUAGGCUUCUCGAUCGUGUCGGAAACUCCCUGCGUGGGGUUUUCACCACGUUCUGCAAGCUAUUUUGGGACAACAAUAGUCAUCAAAAGCUCCAAGAAUCGUCAACGCCGUCCGAGCUUCACCCCUGACCUAUCAUCGACGAUCUUCAUACAGACAUAUUUGCGGAGCGUAGAACAUGGGGUACUCAGCACCAAAGACAUGGAAACCUCGUUCGUUCCCCACCAGGUCGGUCGAUGUGCCUUAUUUGAUCUCGAUUUGGUUGGAUCUCCUCUUUUCCCCUUGUCCAAUCUGUGUUCUUGCGCCGAUACAUCUACACGCGUGCACAACUUAAGCCAUUGCGGCUUGAUCGACCUUAUCGAAAUUCCUAUGCGAUAUGAAUUUAAGAAGCCUCAAAGACAUGGGACUUCAUUUAUUGACACUACCGAUGCGAGGUCAUGGAGAACCUGUCCAACGGCUAGUGGUCAGGAGACAGCUGUUCUUCCUGAUCAACAGUCGUGCUACUGGCGGGGGACGCGCGGGCAAUGGCGAACUGCGGGAGGCAGGUCGAGCAAUAUCAAGCAUGCACUGGUCACAGGGAGCAGGGAGCAGGGAGCAGGGGGGCACCAGCGACGGCGAGAUACAGGAAGAUACAUUGUCGACACCGAUCGAUCACCUAGCUGGCCUUUGCCUUGACGGUCCGGUCCCACCGCUUGUAGGCCGGGAUGCCCUCGAGGAAGGCAUUCCCCACCCAUAGCAGCCAGACCGCCGAGCCGCACGGCACCGCGGCGGGCGCGAGGCGCGAGCGGUGCAUGUACCAGGCCUCUGCGACGUGGAUGGCCAGCACGGGCAGGAAGAGCACCUCGACGAGCCAGAUGAAGGCGACGGGCCCGCGGGGGAAGCGGACGGCCUCGAGGGCGGCCCAGGCGGGGGACCCGGGCGUCACGAGGCCGCCGUAGACCAGGCCCGCGCACAGGAAGUAGAAGGACACGCCUGCGAGGCUGAUCCAGUCUGUCCCCUGCGGCGGGACGUAGCGCGGGGAGGAGGGGGGCGGCGCGCUGGGGCCGGGGCCGGGGCCGGGGCUGAUGUGCUCGGCCUCGGCGGCGGCGGGGGCAGCAUGGGAAGCGGCCUCGGCCUCAUUGCCAUCGCUGUCAAGUCCCAGGGCCUUGCGCGCGUCGGUGGUCAUGGCCACCAGCUUUGCGCGGCGGUCGUCCCAGCUGUCCAUGGGCGGGGUGAUGGCGACGGCGUGGGUGCCCGAGGCGGAGCGGAUGGACAUGGACGUGAGGUCGAGGUCGAGCAUCUCUGCCCCCUCGGCCUCGGCGGCGGACAGGUGGGAGUAGUGCCGUAGGAUGGCCGACAUGUCCUCUGCAUGGUCCUUGUUCAUGUGGGCUAUGGUGCGCUUCUUGGUGGCCGGGUUGAUGCUGGGGGGGCCCCCUGCAGCACUGUUGGGGGAUGUUGCGGGCUGGGCAGCUGGUGUGCCUGACCGUGAGCGCGCCAGGGCUGCGGCUGAGGAGCGUGUGGUGACCAUGCUGGCGGCUCAGUCGAGAGGGAUGAAAUGCCAAUAACGAGGGCUGAUUUGGGAGAUGUGGUGAUGUUGGGCGAUGGUGGUGACGGAUGACUUGCAUGGAUGGCCUGCUCUGGAUGAGCUGCUCGCGGGUGUAGUCGGGUGGUAUUCAGUAAAAUCUGCGGCUACCCCCUGUCUGGUGCGCUGCUCUGCCCCAUGUGGGGAUGCAGCUGGGUGGCCUGGGAGUGUGGGGGUUUCCC